GUCAGUUUCUGGAAUGCCUAGAAUAAUCAGCGGGUGAUUGAAUUCUCCUGCCAAAAUGUGAUGCACAAUGUGUUCUGCAAAGGUCGCCGAUGUUGUUCCAGCCGUUGUUGCCUGGAGUCUUAUAAUAGUCCUUACAACAGUCUACCUCAUAUUUAUUUGCUUCCAAUUUGCUGCGACAUAUUCCUGGUCUAUAUUCGCUCUCCACAGUAUUCUGUUUUUGUAUGUUCUCUGCUGUUUGACACGCACGACUUUUAUGGACCCUGGUUAUUUCCCCUUCGCUACUGAGGGAGAAGCUGAAUAUGAAGAAACCAAGUCUGCUCCUGUUCAUCGGGAAUAUAAUAUAAACGGAGUACUGGCUAAAGUCAAGUGGUGUAGCACUUGUCUUUUCUAUCGUCCACCCAGGUGUUCACACUGUUCUAUAUGUAACCGGUGUGUUGAUACUUUUGAUCACCAUUGUCCUUGGGUCAAUAAUUGUAUUGGAAGAAGAAAUGCUCGAUACUUUUUUAUGUUCCUGGUCUCUCUUACACUUCAUAUGAUUGUUGUGCUCAGCGUGACUCUCGCAUCUCUCUUGCUGAGUGAGCAACCGAUAGUCUUCUACACAAAUAUUAUACGUAUCAUUAUAUUAUCACUAGUUGGUGUUAGUUUCAUUCCGGUCUUUGGACUAACUUCAUUUCAUGUUUAUCUCAUUUCUCGAGGAAUGACAACGAACGAACAGGUUACGGAUAAGUUCCGCGGGCUAAUAAACCCUUUUACUCUGGGUUGUUUAUUAAAUUGGAGGAGAUUCUGUUGUGAACCCCAGUUUCCCCGCCGCUAUUUAGAAGAAAAUGCAGCAAAAUCACGCCGUAUAGGAUGUGCUAAACUAAGAAGAAAAAAAUUUAAUAAAUUACAUGAUCUGGUUGUAAGUGUCAGUGGUUCUGAGGAUGGUGUUAUCAAUACGCAUGGAGAAUCGAACCAUAAACUUCUUAUGGAUCGUGCAUAUCACACAACUUCUGACAAGAGCACUUCUUCUGAAAGUAAUGAUAAACUUGGGAAAAGUGACUUAAAGAAUUCUGUCAUCCAAGAAAGACGAUUUUUGGGUGGAAAAUAUUCAUACUAUCGUCCGCCUGAUCAAAGUCAGGAUAGUGCCCAAUCAACCAAUCAACUGAUACCACGUGGACCGUUGGCGUAUAAUAGUGAUGAACCAUUAUCUUCCCUUAUUAACCGUUUAACAUCAAAUAAUAGUGAUAUGACAGUGGCUACUAGGAAUCACAAAUUGGACAUUAAUAGUGAUUUGUCUUCGACCAGUGAACAAAAUGCUCGGUGUACAAAUGCAAGGCCAUCCGCUGAUUCUCUUGGUACCUUGGAUAGUGUUUCUCAACCUCGUGGUCAUCAAAACUCAUGUAAUAACAGUGGUAAAGUAUUAGUAGAUGCUGCUAGUAUUAGUCUCUCUGGUUGGAGUGAAGAUGCAGUUUCACUGAAAACAUUGGACCGUCUCAUCGGCAUUACACGUCAACAGACAGCUGGAGGGAAUGACUACGGAACUGUUCUAAUUAAUGGUGUCGGUAGUGGAGCGACUACUGGUCCAACUUACUUAGCUACUGAACGUAUUCAGGAAAAUGGUGAAUCACCUAUUGGUUCCUCAACUUCGGCUCUAGAACGGAAUAUCCUGAAUGAUCAAGAUUCAACGAAUUUUACUUUUGCUAGCUCUCAUAUCAAUGGCUAUGCAGGUUUAUCUGUCUCGGCAGCUGAUUCAGUCAGUCAGCACUUAACUCAAACACUUCCUGUUUAUCAACAAAAUAUUCCACGUGCAUCUGGUGAGAAUGAUUCCUAUUGUAAUCUCUAUGCGGGAAGUGUUACAAGUGAGAAUGAUGAAGUUGUCAAUAGUAGUGGAGGAGGAAGAGGAAGGGAAACAAAUACUACAAAUCAUUUUAUGAAUACUCAACCUGUUUCUAAUUUAAGCGAUGCAUGUAAUGGUAUUGAUAUUUCCGUAAUAUUCAGAGGUAGUUCUAAUCUAUUGCAAAUGAAUCGUAACCGUAGCAGUACAAUGGUCAACAGAGUUUCAUGUGGACGUAAUAACAAUGAAUCCUCUUUAACAGUGAACGGGCCACAUACUUCUACUGCUUCCAAUAAUUUAGGAUUACUUAAUAACCCUAAUACAUCAGCAAUCAAUAAUAAUUAUAAUCUGCAACCCAAUCCUAUUGAACUAACUCAUAUUCCGUCAUCGUACAAUACACAUAAUCAUAAUACACGUCGACCAAGUGCACAAGCUACACUUGUAAAUCAAGUUUUCUGUGCACAAUCGUCCGAUCAGUCACCUAGUGCAAGUCGUUUCAGUUUUAUCUUUUCUCCACUAGACGUAAAUGCACCACAUGCUUCUCAAGAAACACUAAGUACAGCUGCAUCUCAGACAUCUGUCCUACUUGGUUCACCGUCUAGCCCGAGAAGUUUUCAACCUGCUAGCACUUCAACAGAUCAUUUUACAGUGACUCUCAAUGAAGCUAGUAGUGAACUGCCAUAUUGUACCAGUCGAACGGGUACCAUGCUGCCAUCAUCCCGUAUGCCAAAUUAAUUUUUUCUUUUACGUUUAUUAUUGCCAUAUUAAUAAUAAAUAAUUCAAUCCUUGUGUUGUUGGUUUGAUCUGUGGUUGACUUUAUUGACUCCAUUACAUUUUCUUCGUCGUUUUUAUUAAAUAAAACAGUCAAAUUUCAAUUGGACAUAUGCGUAUUUUUUAAAAAUCAAAACAGGAAAUUCCCCCGAGUUGCUAUGUACAUUGCUUUUCAGCUAUGUAGUGAUUUUAUUUAUGUUAAUCCUUCUGAUUGUUUUAAAAAAUGAAAAUAAUGGGUCCAUAUAAGCACAUAUAUUUACCACCAUGCGCGCACACAAACUUUUCGCAGUUGAUAUCAGUCUAAAUUUUAAUUUGUUAUUACUUUUGUGUUUGAAAGCAGGUCUGUUCCCUUGUUUUCUUUAUUGUUUGCAACAAAAUUUACGUAGUAGUAGUCUUUUAACCACUUUUCUAGUAUACAUUAUUAUUUUCACCACUAAAUAAUAUUUAAUAUAAUUUUUCCUCCACGAUUGGAGACUAGUUCAUUCAUUCAUUUAAUCUUAAAAAUGGAAUAAAAGUGACCAAUGUCUAGUUUCAAAAAUGACAGAAAAAAUUAUGUGAAUACAAAUUCGUGUUGCACUUAUUUACGCCUUACUAGGUUGACUUUCUCUCCCUCUAUUAUUUACCAGAUUGAAUGUUGUUUUGUUUUUAGUGAUGACUUUUUGCCCAUUUACAAUUUUCGUUUAAACCUCUAUCAUCCUUUCUACAACUCUUUCUAUAACAUCUUCAUUGCUCUAAACAUCUUGACAAGUUCUGCCAUAUAGAUUACUCCCUACUUUUGUAUUCGUUUUCCCCUCAGUUUAAUACAACUCUACACUUAUCUAUACUACCUUUCGUCUUUUUUUACAUAUAUAUACUACUUGUAUGUGUAAUUGUCUGUUUGUGUUUACUUGUUUAUAACUUUGCACAGCUGCUUUUAUUUUGGGGGCGCUAUGAAAUUUUUUUCGUCAAUUGAUUAAUAUACAUGUAUAUUUGUAGUAUCUCCCUUCAUCAUAUUUUCUUCUAUUUGAUGCGUUGAACAUUCGAUAGUUUUCUUUCGUUUUUAUUUUUGAUAACGCUAAUUUUAGACAUAAGUUGUAUCGAGAUUAAGUACUUGAUAGAUCAGGACUAAAUAUUUUAUGGAUAGUGAAAUUUCACAACUGACAGUAUCACUUGUUCAUUUGAUCAAAUCUGGGAAUUCCUAUUCUACCGUGCAAAUAUGACUAUAUUCUUGAAUAAAAAAGGAACAUGUUCAUCGGAAAGUUUAACAUAAUUGAAAAAAAUAAAGAACAAUUUAGCGUAAGAAACUUCAUACUAGAAUUUAUCGAAUUAACUGGCGCAAUGGGAUCUGACCGAUUUGGAUGGAAAAAGUUAGUUCAAGCGUAAACUGGUAAGAAUUUCAAACUAUCAUUUGACCAAAUUCACACUUGAAAGUACUGUGAGUUGGUCAGCAACGUCUCAAGAAUAGUAAUUAUUAUUAUUACUUUCGGUUUCGACUGGGAAAUAGGGCUUCAUUAUCUCUAUUUCGUUCUGUUCUCUGCGGUCCUCUCUAGCUGGCUCCACGGUUGCUCAUAAGCUUUUCUCUCCUCCUCUCACGAUAUUCUCUAUGUCAUUCUCGGGUGUCCGACUCGUCGUCUCCUAUUUCGACUCCACUCGAUAGCCUGCCGCGUGAUAUCACUCAACUGUCACCUCAGCGUGUCUUCGGCGUAUUCCCAUUUCCUUCAUUAUAUUUGUUGGGUAGUAGGUACUUGGUUGCCGAUUCGUCAAAGUUUCUUGUUACUAGUUCUUUCCGACCAUCUGAUAUUUAGUGUAGAGCGAAGGCAGCUGUUGAUGGAAAGUUUGUUGGAAGUGCAUAUGGUGACACUCCAAGUGU